UCCUGUUCGCCGGCAGCAGCAGCAGCAGCAGCAGCAGCAGCUCCAUCUCCAUCCCAUGCGUCUGGAGGAAGAAUUAAAACAAUGGAGUCACAGCCCAACAUGUGCUAGUUUCAUUCUUUAAGUAUCGCAGCCUGGUUCCAGACGGAGCUGAACAUGCUUCCCUGCUCAUCCUCCGCGCAGAUGGAGGGAUGCGAGGAGGAGAGGGACGGACACAUGCAAACAGAGUGCAACAGACUGACGGAGGAGCGAGACGAGGCCGAGAGACAACUCAAACACAUCAAGAGAGUGUCUCAGAUGGUGAUUGAGGAGGUGAGCGUUCUGCAGACUCAGCUGGAGAUCGAGAAGUCGUGUCGGGAAAAUGCAGAGGCCCUGGCCACAAAGCUCAACUGUGAGAACAGGAAGUUGAAGUACCUGAGCCUGUCGUCUCGGCCGUGUUUGGACGAGCUACUUCCCAGCAUCUCGGACUGCAUCGCACUAGAGACCGACGCAGACGCAGCAGACACUGCAGACGCUGCAGACGCAGCAGACGCAGCAGACGCCAGCCCCGACACUUUCAUCCAGUAUCAACAACAGGUUAAAGAGCUGAGGGACACGGUGACCGGCUUGUUGGAGGAGAAGAAGAAUUUUGUUUGUCAGAUUCACGACCAGCAGAGACAAAUAGAAGAGUUGACCACACAGGCAGAGAAGAAUCAGACGGAGAUGAAGGAGCUGCGUGAAACUGUUGAGAAGCAAAGUAAAACCAUCAAGAGAUUUAACAGAGUCUCCAUGAUGGCCACUCAGGAGUACGACGGGAUGAAGGAGCAACUGGACCUGGAGCAGAACCUGAGAGUCAAAGCUGAAACCUACGCACACGAGAUGCUGGUGAAGCAGAAGGAGGCCAACAGGCAGAGUAUGCUGCUGCUGCAGAACGCUGAGCCCAGCGUUCAGCUGCUCAAAGCUCUGGAGGACGUGGCAGCCAUCACCAAAACCCUGGAGGACGAGCGUCUGCAGCAUCAGCAGAAGGUGAAGAGUCUGGAGGCCCAGCUGGAGCAGAGCUGUGUGAAGGAGCAGCUGGAGGCGCUGCAGAGGCAGCUGGAGCUGCUGGAGGUGGAGAAGAAGGAGGUGGAGGGACGACUGCAGCAGGCGGAGACAAAGAACGAGGCGCUGGAGAACAGAG